AUGGCAGCCUCAUUAGGUGUCACCGAAAUGGACGUCGCCGAGGUCUCAAGGAUGCUGGCGCUCAAACACACCUUGUUGCCAAUGUUCCAGGUCUCGAUCGCUUUUCUUGUUCUGGCCUGGGUUGCUGUGAGCUUGCGUGUAUACGUUCGAGCUUCGGUCCUGAGAUCGUUCCAUUGGGACGACUGGCUGAUUCUUCUUACACUAUGCGUCUUUUCAGCUUGUUGUGCAUGUCUUAUCGCCAUCGAGCAUAUCGAACUAAGCGGUACUGCAAGCACAGCGUUGACCAACGGGUUCAAGGCUCAAUUUGGCGUGAUCGACACGAUCUUUGGUGUAAGAUACAGACGCAGUUCUACAUACGUGGAGGCAAGCUGA